ACCAAAGUAGCCUAGUUUUUCCAUAUCAAACUAAAUCUUGACUUUUAAAAGAAUUAUUCAGUAUACUCUUCUCGGAUUUUUAAAAUAGUCACUUGAACUGUGUGAUCGCUAUGUAACGUCAGUCUACCCACCGACGAAUCAUGUGCUCUCUUAAGCUACUGAAAAGAUAACAGACCCACUACCACAUCAUUAAGGAAGCGCCCAAGAACGUAUUUAAGAUGUGCGUUUUUUAAAGUCAGUCAGUCAAACGCUUAAACGUGAAGGAAGCACCUGUUGAACUAGUUGUAAAAUGAUUGGACUGUAUAUCGCACUCGGGGUGUUGGCCAUUUGUGCUUACUUCAAAUGGUCGUGUAGUUAUUGGCGUCGAGUUGGUAAAAUUGAUGGGCCAGUACCGUUGCCUAUUUUUGGAAAUGGAUUGGAGCAAAUCACUGGAGCUAAACAUUUCACCGAAAUUUUUGAAGCAAUUUAUCGAACAUAUCCAACGGCAUCUUGGGUUGGAAUAUACGAGCUCUUUAAUCAGCCCGCCGUAGUGGUGCGGGACUUGGAGCUCGUGAAAGAAAUUUUAGUGGGAAGCUUCCAGCAAUUUAACAAAAACAAUUUCGAAGUGAAUGAUUCCAUAGACCCUCUGUUGGCUUUGAAUCCAUUCACCCAAUCUGGUGAUCUGUGGAAAGAAAGACGUGCUGAAGUGGUGCCGGUAUUCUCUCAAACAAAGAUUCGAUCUUGCUUCCCAAUAAUCAACAACGUCGCUGAAAACUUUUUGGAUUACAUCACAAAAACACGCGAGAAAAGACCAGACUUUGAAGCAAAAGAUGUUUGCGCCCGGUUCACGAUUGAUUCCGUUGCCAGCUGUGUAUUCGGCGUUGAUGCUGAAUCGUUCACCAAUCCGAAUUCUGAAUUUCGCCGGGUGGGCCUCGAGUUGUUUCAUCCGAACUCAUUUCUGACAACGGUGCGCACGUUGUUAACGUUGUUUGCUCCAAAAUUGGCGUCCCUGCUGCGAUUACCUUUUGUUCCUCGGCAUGUGGAUCGCUGGUUCCGCAAAUUAGUAAACGAAAUUAUCCGACAACGUAAACAGGGGGAAGUGAAACGCCAAGAUCUUUUCCAAGCCAUGUAUGAUUUAUUAACCCAGAAUGGAACAACCGAUUUGAAAGGCGAUGAAAUCACCGGCCACUCGGUGACAUUCCUUACCGAAGGAUUCGGAACGUCCAGCACAUUGAUGAGUUACUUUCUUUACGAACUCGCAUCCAAUCAGCACAUCCAGGAUCGUGUGUUGAACGAACUCGAUGCCGUCUUGAAACAAUACGACGGGAAACUCACCGAUGAAGCCAUUAACAAAUUGGUCUACAUGGAACAAGCGAUGCUUGAAACAUUGCGGCUGCACUGUCCGGUAUUUACCAUGACGAAAGUUUGCACUGAAGAUUAUGAAUUACCUUCCCAAUAUUCGAACGGCCGUGGCAAGCGGAUUACGCUGAAGAAAGGAAUGUCGGCCAUAAUCCCUAUACAUGCCAUUCAUCUAGACCCAGAGAACUUUCCCGAUCCGUAUCGAUUCGAACCGGACCGGUUUUCGGAUGAGAAUCGUAAAGAACGCCACCGGUACGCAUUUCUGGGAUUUGGUGAGGGUCCGAGGAUUUGUCUGGGCAUGAAGUUUGGGUUGACUCAGAGUAAAAUCGGUAUUGCCACCCUGCUCAGUAAGUACCGAGUAAUGCAAUCAGACAAACAAGAGUUACCACUGGAAAUAGCCAGGCAGUCGUACCUACUUGCACCAAAGAACGGAAUAUGGGUCAAAUUUAACAACAGAAACUCUAAAUAAACUUGGGAUUGUUUAAUAAAAGAGUUUUUGAGAAUAUG